AUGUCUGGCCUCGAAGCAUUAAGCAUUGCCUGCAACAUAAUGCAGGUGAUUAGCUUUGCCCACGAGACGAUUGACUUUUGUAAAGAAAUAUAUCAUGGUGGAUCCCUCAACGACUACAACCAACAGAGCAUCGUAUCGCUCGUGGAACUCUCACGCCAACUGCAAACGCGCUUUCAGAAAGCGAAGUCAAAAACGGCCGAAGAGACACAGCUUGCUAACAUUGCUCAGAAGUGCAAUGUUGCAGCACGUGCGCUUCAAGAAGAAGUCAAGUUCCUUGAGUCUCGCCAUGCCAAGGGUAAUCUUGCGGCGACUAUAAAAAUUGUGGUGAAAACAUAUUGGCGCAAAAGUCGGCUGGAGAGACUGGAGAAAUCACUCCGUAAUCACCAAAAUACAAUGGAGUCUUAUUUGUUAGCUCGAGUAUGCACACAAAACGAUGCCAUCGAGAUUCAACAGAGCCAAGAAUUCAAGGAGCUAGGCAAAGAUAUCAAGUUUUUUACGUCCCAGUAUGCCGCCGGCCAUACAAGAAUCGUCGACCUUAUCAAGAAAGAGCUCGUAUUGAGAAUGGAUCAAUGCACGAUUGAAUCAAAUAUAAAAUCUUCGACUAAAGAGCAGAAAGAUCAAUUUCUCAACAGCCUUAGAUAUGAAGGCAUGAAUCAGAGGAAGAAUGACGUAACUGGCUCAUUCAAGGAUACCUUCCAGUGGAUUUUCGACUCGGAAUGUGGUAAAACCCCUAUACAAUUAUGGGACAACUUCGGAGACUGGCUCAAGUCUGAAAGUAAUAUUUACUGGAUUUCUGGUAAACCUGGCUCUGGAAAAAGUACACUGAUGAAGUACCUCUUGAAAAGCCCUUCUACGGAGGAAGCAUUGAAAAUAUGGAACACAGGCCCUAUCAUUUUGUCUCAUUUUUUCUGGAAACCAGGUUUCAAAAUGCAGAAAAGCAUCAAGGGAUUUCUUUGCUCUAUCCUUCACCAGGCUCUCCUCUCUGACAGGGUAUCUAUAACCCUGGACUCGAUCUUAAACACUUCCAAGCCCUUGCUACUCAAACAUGAGGCUGCCGAUUGGGACGUCGAAGAACUAAAAGAUCUCUAUUUCACAAUAUUGGGUACCGAUAUGUUUCCAGUGUGCAUAUUCCUCGACGGGUUAGAUGAAAUAUGUGACGAAGACGGCCCGUUUUCGCUACUGAAGUUGAUUGAUGAUCUGAGGAUACAUCCCAAGGUCAAAAUAUGUGUUUCCAGUCGGCCUGAACCGGAGCUUCAGUCCAAACUAUGCAGACACCAACAACUAAAAUUACAUGACCUGACACAUGAUGACAUGAAGAAAUUUGUAGUUGGACAAAUACAGCCGUAUAUUAACAGUGGUAAGAUAUCCGAAUCCUUCGGAUCAAAGAUCACAUGGUCUCUUAUCUGGAAAGCAGAAGGUGUAUUUCUCUGGCUUCACUUGGCAUCCCGAAGUUUAAUUGGCGGAAUCGAUAAGGGCGAUACAGAAGACAUUCUCUGGCAGCGGCUUGAGGAAAUGCCUAAUGAAUUGACAAAAUUGUACUCCGACAUGUGGGAACGAAUGAAUGGGAAUUCCAAAAUUUACCGGGAAACUGCAGCCCGGUAUUUUAAUUUGCUUAUUCUUACGCGCGAGCAGAACCUGGGUUAUACCCGCCCUGGUUCCGAGUUGCGUUUUUUCCAAUUCAUGGGCGCGACACAGACUGAACUCCAAGAUAUCAUCCUCGAGAAACAAAGUUCCGUUAGCGAGGCGACUUUUGAACAUAUAUACGCACUAUCUGUACAGGCUAUACAGGUUCGGUGUGCGGGCCUUCUAGAGGUAAAUUGUAACAACUAUCUUGACAAAUUCCUCUGCGUACGCGACCCGACUCAUUUCAAUUUUUUUAAACGCCAGAACAUGCAGGUACAAUUUAUUCAUCGAACGGCGUAUGACUUUAUAAAAGAUACCGAAGAGGGCCAUCGUAUUUGUGCGUAUGACUCUUCCUCAUCGGAUAUACUACGGAUCCAGCUUAUCAAAGGUCAUCUUAUUAUGAUAAGAUUACUUUGGGAAACAAGAGAUUUCGAAUUGCUCCUUGCAAAGUGUAUCGGCCAGACGGUUGAGAUUCCAGAUCUCUUCGUUCUUUGCCCCUGGGAUAUGGAUGUGUCUCCUGUCGAUGAGAAGCUGGAGAGGGAAGUAGAGUUGUGGCGAUCGAGAUGGAUCAAUGACGCAACGAGCUUGAAGCGUAACCGCAUAGUAAACUCUUGCCUAUUCGCACGAGGCAUCGCACCAAAGGCAACCUUUGACGAGUUAGUGACUGUAGCUAAGUACCAGGCUUGGCUAUUUUACUGGGACGAUGCCUACGACUUCGGGGAUUUCGAUGACAAGUACGAGGAGAUUGUCGCCCACCAGAAGCAAACAAUAGAGUUGCUCCGCGAAAGUCUUUUCAACGAACACCCUAGUUCCAUCGACCCUGUCGCGAUUGCUCCAGACUACCUUACCGCUCAAUCAAUUCAUGAGUGGGGGGUUAUAGUGGGUGAGAAGAGUGUAUCUUCUUCAUUGAAGAACUGGUUUUUCAAAGUCCUUAUCAAUUUUAUCACGGCUACAUUCCACCUCCAGAGCGAGUUUGAUAAGGGAAGCAUCUUAGAUCUUGAAACUUAUUGGAAGAUCCGCAUGGACUCAUCUGCGGUGUUUCCUACAUUAGGAAUGGUUUUGUUUGCUGAUCAGGUUGCCUUCCCUCUUUGGUUCUUCGACCAUACUCUCGUUCAGAAAGCUGCAGAGUUGUCUAACAUCAUCAUCUGGGUGUGA